CCGGUAUGUGCAAUGUCACAACACUACAGCUCGGCCGGAAGAAUUCCACGUAAACCCUUCGCAUCUCUGCAGAUCUCAUUGUAUCUUGUUACAGAUGGUAUGAUAUGGUGACAUGUCACAGAGCCAAACAUGGAUAGCCCAAAGCAAGUCCCGCCUCCUUGGAAAGCAGAACAACCCGUAACGGAGCUCAGCAACAGAAAGAGCAAGAACAUUGACACUGCCACCGUACCAGAAAUCAUCAAUAUACUGCAUGACUGUGAGGAGGAAAUGUUUAUUGGUUGGCAAAAUUAUCAGAGAUUACACGACAAGGAUUUUGUGAAGAAGCUCAGUGAGGUGUCCAAAUAUGCAGCAGCUCUCAUUAAGAAUUCAGCUGAUAGUGCCAUCAUCCUGAGUGGCUGUGGAACUUCAGGAAGAAUCGCCUUCUUUAUUGCUACCAAGAUGAACAGCCUGCUGAAGGAAAGGGGAUUUCCCCAGUGCUUUGAUUACAUCAUCGCUGGUGGUGACAGGGCUUUGACGCAUUCUGUUGAAGCAUUUGAAGAUAGUCCAGAGGCAGGCAAGGAUGAACUAAUCAAGGUCUCUAAAGGAAAGAGGAAAAUUCUUUUCAUUGGAAUUUCAUGUGGGCUCUCAGCUCCAUUCAUAGCUGGUCAGCUGCAUCACUGCAUGUCUCACCUCGAUACCUUCCUACCCAUCUUACUGGGCUUCAAUACUAUACACAUGAUCAGAGAUAGGACCAUAGAGGGAUGGGAUCACACCCUUCUAACAGUAACUAAACAUUUGAUGCUUCUGGAGAGUAGUGGCCAAGGUUAUAUUCUGAAUCCAAUUGUGGGGCCGGAAGCCAUUACAGGUUCUUCUAGGAUGAAAGGGGGCGGAGCAACAAAGUUGAUCCUAGAGACGUGUUUCCUUACUGCUCUUUCAUAUCUCAGCGUCUCCUCUGAUCCCAAAGACAACGAUGAGAUAAAUGCAGACAAGGAUGCAGCAAAUGAUUCCAGCAAACAAGAAAAACUGAUCACCAGUCUCUUUGAGUGCUACAAACAGGUUUGGGAGACUUCUUAUCCAACGUCCAAGGAACAACUCUCAAAGCUAAUUGAACAAGCUGGAAAGAGCCUACUUGACAAUGGUCAUGUGUACUAUGCUGGCUGGGAUACCUGGGGUCUUCUAGGACUGAUUGAUGCCUCUGAGUGCCCUCCUACAUUCGGAUCUGAUUUUGAUGAUAUCAGAGGGUUUUUGAAAGGAGGCCUUGCACCACUGGAGUCUUUCCCUCAGACUAUGAACACUGCCGUAGGUCAGGACCCUUUAGAAGAUGAAACAUCUCUGGAAUUCUUCAAGAAAUCUGUCCUACCGUCCAUCACUGCUAAAGAUACCGUUGUAUUCCUUGUGCCUUCAAAUGAUGCAAAUAUUUACCAUGAACUGAACAUCCUACUGAAAUCAGUGAUGCAGAAAACUCAGCACAUAGGCAUGAUCUCAUCACCCCGUGGAUGAAACACAACUUGACCUCAAAAGUUGCACUGUCGUUCCUCUCGGACACCUAAAAGAGGAGAUGAUCAACAAGAUACAAGAUGGCGGACUGGACAGUGAGCUUGGGAAUGUAGUGGUGAAGAGUGUUAGUGAGUUAGCUCUGAAGUCGGCUCUCAAUGCUAUCAGUACCGGUGCUCACAUCGCCAAAGGGAAGGUCUACCAGAACUUCAUGGUUGACUUGAGACUCAGUAAUUCCAAGCUGCUGGAGAGAGGCAUCGGGAUCGUCUCAAGGUGCGCAGAGUGUUCCACAGAGAUUGCCAGAGAUGCUGUGAUGAGAGCCAUCUACCGUACUGAUGACAUUGCUUCCUUCAGAGACACGCCCGUCUCAUCUAUCAUACAGACUGCUGGGAAUGUAGAGAGGGUUGUACCCAUAGCCAUCAUCCUUGCCAUCAAAGGAUGUACAGUGCGAGAGGCUCUGGAUCACCAAGAGAGGGCGCCAGUCAUCAGAACCUCACUCCUCAAUCUCCUUCAACCUCCGUCAACAAUAAGCUAAGCGUUUUUAAUGUUGUUAUGCAUGUCAGCUCUAUAAACAAGUACAUGUAGAGUAGAAAUGUUAUCAAUGAUACAGAUAAAAGUCUAUACUAAUAUGACUAUAUAGUUUCUAAUGGAGCUGUAACUACCCAUGUAAAACGAAAAUCGUUUAAUGACUUGUGAGUUUGCAAUAUAUUGAUGGGGUGGAGAAAAAAAGUUUGUGCUACUGACAAGUCAAUGCAUGAGCUGCAAAUGUAUACAGAGACUUCAUACACUCAAGUUGUAGUUAAGCAGUUUUUGAUAGUGCCUGUCUUGAGGCAGUCAUUAUUUUUAUAAUGAAUUGGUGACUUUAGAGGUCUGUUUCACAUAUAGUUGUGAAGAAUAACCAAAAAGAAUAACAGUAAUCCCUCGUUCAGAUAUGAUGCUGCAAAAAUGUGGCGUUUUUUUUAUGUGUCAGGUUGAAUGCGCGUCUCCUUUAUGUAUGUUGAAACACAGAACCCAAUGAUAUGCACAGCAGCUUUGAUGCCUGCAGUUGCUAACCAUUUACUCAUAAAAAACUA